AGAUUGAUCCCAUGGUGAAGCAGUGUGAAGAUGAGAUAGAGCUGGGAGAAUGUGAUGACAAGAAGUGCAGUGAUGUCUGUAACAAGCAGUUCAGCAACACCACAAGUUCUUCCUGCCUGCCCAAUGGGGGAACUUGCCAGUGCUACCAUAUCUGUGAGAAAGGGCAUGUUGUGGACUGCUGGCAAGAUAUACACAUUGUGGGAUGCACCAACAGCGAGUGCUAUGGCGCGUGUUUGCAGAACGUAAGGGGAGCUGUGUCCGGGACUUGCCUCCGAGCUGGGACAGGUGACCAGAACUGCCAAUGUCAAAUACCCUGUGGAGGAUCAUAAGAUUGGAUCAUUUGGAUGCAUGCUCAAAUCCAGCCUAAUCACAGUGCUUCACCCCAAAUCGAGUUUUAUUUUUGUCCUGUUUAUAGAUAUGAUUGACAUGUCAAAUUAAGUUUUACUUUUAUUCUGUUUUUUGGGCAUAGAUAGAUAUGAUUGACAUGUCAAAAAUUAAGUAGUCAACCUUAUUUAAUGAUGUUAUUUAAUAAAGC